ACAGCCUGCUAGGUUACUAAAACUGCUUUGCAUCGAAGGAACUGCUUCUACUCGGGCAUGUAUUAUGUUUCGUUUCGGCUGUGAUUUAUAUGUGCAAUGUUAUUUGUGAGAUAUUUGUGCUGCUGCUUAUGUUUUCCUGGUUAACAUGCUUGCGCUAUGUUAACUGUGAGAUAUCUUGGUUCCUUUUGCAUCUCAUAAUGGCUGACCAAUCCUGUUUUUGUCAUCAACGCUUGGCAUGCUUCUUGUCCAGGGCCAUGGAUGGCGGGUGGGACUUCCAGACGGGCCUCCCGGACCUCUCUGGUCCCUCCAACACACCUUAUCAAGACAUGCUCAAUAUUAAUUUUGAAGCACCGGGUGCAGCAGCUGGUAGUCCGGCCUUUCAGCCCGGUUCCAGCCAAGGUGGUUCGGGGAAGGCGCGCAAGAAAAUUGUGUCCAGACCGAAGCAAAACAACUUUUCAAUCGAGGAAGACAAAAACCUAGUGUCCAGCUGGCUCAAUGUGAGCUUGGAUGCAGUUAAAGGCGCGGGCCAGCGCAAGGCUUCAUUUUGGAAGGCCAUUGAACGGAACUACAAUGCCCAUAAAGGGCCCAUCUACCCUAUCCGCUCCCUUCGCAGCCUUGAGGGUCGCUGGUCUGAUAUUAAGGAACAAGCAAAUAAGUUUGAGAGCCACUACAACAAUGUCCUUAAUGAGAGGCGCAGUGGCUACAGCGAUAUGGACAAGAUCGCAGCAGCCAUUGAGUUGUACAAUAGUCUCGAAGAUAGGCCGUUCAGCACGAUCCACUGCUGGGAGAUGCUUCGCAACGAACCUAAGUGGAUGGACCUAAACAACCGUGGAAAGCUGGACCGAGGUCGGGUCCCCGAAGAUGUUAAUGCGCCCAUCGAUCUCACAGAAUCUGGAUGUGGGGAAGCCGGGAGCGAGAGUCAGAUUGGUACUUCCAAGAGGCCUCCGGGGAGGGACAUUUCGAGGUCAGGCAAACGGACUUGCUCCAGUGGGUCUCCUAGUGAUGCAGGGUCCGAGUUCUCUUCUAUGCUGUCUGCAAUGCACAUCCAGAAGAUGGACUUGAUCAGGACAUUUGACGGUUCUGUGGCAAGCAAAAUGGACCGGCUGGUUACCAUUCAGGAAGAGCACAUUGAGUUGAAGAAGAAAAAAGAUGCCCGGGAGCAGGAGUUACGGGACGAGCGCAUCAUGGCUAUUGACCUGACCACUUGCAAUCCCGGACAGCGUGUCCUGUACGAGGCAAUGCAGCGAGAGAUUUUACAGCGGUGGGGUGCACGCAACAAAGAUGCUCCGUAGAUUGUUCUAUUACUUUUACUG